AUGGACGGCACUGAAGGGCCACUCGCCGUCGACCGCCGAUCGAGGCCUUGCAUCUUCACAAACUUGUCGUCAGAAUCGGAGAGUACCUCAAGGACACCCACGCCGCCAUUGACUCCCGCCAGAGCCAAGAUACCAGACUUCAGCUCUGAUGCCUCUCUCGUCUUAGUAGGGCUGCGCGGGUCUGGGAAGUCGACAUUGGCCAUCAUGGCCGCUUCCGCCCUGAAGAAGAGCAUCAUCAAUGUUGAGGCGGUCUUUCAAUCAAAUACUGGCUCGUCAAGCUCUGCCUUCAGACAGAUCAAUGGGAACGCCGAGUGUCAACAAAAGCAAGCCGCUACACUCCAGGAUAUUCUCCAGCAGAAUCCGACAGGAUGCAUCAUUGUUUGUCCGUGGAUGGAAAGAAACGUCCAGAGCCUGCUUCGACAGUUUGCAGCGACAAACCCAGUUGUUCACGUCCUUCGGGACAUCGAUGCCAUCCAAGGCCACCUCAAACUCAAGGAUCGGACAAAGGCCCAUAGCUUGAUGCAGAUGAGCAACUUGUUCUAUCGCAGUUGCACCAAUCUAGAGUUCUUCAACGUCUCCGAGAUCCAGGAAACCUCCAUUGAAGGGGAUGAGACAAACAAUCAAGGGUUUACAUCAAACGCGCCCUAUCUCGCUCUUAAGCCGGCAGAGAGGCAUCUUCUGAAAUUCUUAUCCCUUAUAUAUCCCGCUGGUACAAUUCCGUUUUUUGAAUCUGCAUUCCCUCUCGCCAGUAUUGCGCCCGAAGACAGGCAAUUCACGUACUGUCUGUCAGUGCACAUCCAGGACGUUUUGAGCGGCAUUCAAGGCUGGGAGGACUCAAUAGUUGGCGUCGACGCGGUGCAGAUUUUUGUCAACAGCUUAGCAACAGCUGGAGAGCCUAUGGAGAGGAUCGAGGAGUUGACGAACAAAAUCGCCGAGGCUGUGGGAAUUGUGAGAAGAAGCACCAUGUUGCCCAUCUUGCUGCACAUCAAGCUCCCCGAAACUUCGAAUAACAGGGCAGUACGGUCAUACUUGGAUCUGCUGUCACAUGCCCUGUCUUUGGCUCCAGAGAUGCUCACAGUCGACCUGCGGCUGGACCAGUCCGAUCUCUCCAGGAUCAUUUCAGCAAAGGGUCGAUCAAAAAUUGUUGGGAAUUACUAUAUAUCAACAGAUGCUCAGCCUUGGGACUCUCCGGCUUGGACAUCCUGGUAUCACAAAGCCUGCCAGCUUGGCUGCGACCUAGUCCGCCUCGUCCGAGAAGCUAAAGCUAUGGAAGAUAACUUUAAGAUCUCACAAUUCAGGUCCAAUAUAUCUUCACUCAGAGGCCACAGAACACCACUCAUUGCAUACAAUUGCGGGCAUCUCGGCCGGCACUCGGCCUGCUUCAACCAGAUACUGACACUGGUUGCUCCCAGUCCGGUGACUGAGGCCGACGAGAGAAGCGCCCCAUUUCCCUACAUCACAGCAAAAGAGGCUACAACUGCUCUAUAUGCCUCUUUUGUAUACGACGCCAUGAACCUUUACGUGUUCGGAGCCAAUGUCGGAUACAGUAUGUCCCCAGCAAUGCAUAACGCCGCCUUGUUAGCCUGCGGAAUCCCACAUCGUUACGAGCCUUACUCGAGCGAGUCUCUGAAAGGCGUGGAACAUUUGAUAUACGACCCUCAUUUUGGCGGAGCAUCGAUAGGCUUGCCUUUCAAGGUCGAAGUGACGACCUUGACCAAAUAUCUCAGUCCCCAUGCGAGAGCCAUCGGGGCGGCCAACACUCUGAUCCCCAUCCGCCAGCUCAAGCCAGAUGGUACCAUCCCGACUGGCUCUGCUCUUCUGGCCGGUGUCAACAGAGCUGGCCCUGUCCUCGCUCUGUACGGCGAGAACACGGACUGGAUCGGGAUUCGAGCCUGCAUCCGGCGCGGCCUGUCACCAGCCAAUGCCGUGCGACAAGCAACAUGGGGGCUUGUUAUCGGCGCAGGAGGCAUGGCACGUGCUGCGGUAUAUGCCAUGCUGCAAGUUGGCAUCAAGAACAUUGCCAUAUACAAUCGCACGACAGCAAACGCAGAGAAACUAGUGGCUCAUUUCCAGCAGCUGCUCCAAGAAAAGGGACACAACCCCCUGGCCAACGCUCACGAUGUCAAGUUUCACGUAUUCACUUCACUUGAAGAGCCCUGGCCAACAGAAUACCGAUAUCCGUCCGUCAUCAUCUCCUGUAUUCCCACGCACCCGAUAGGCAACACUCCCUCGCCCGAAUUCAGAAUGCCAGACGCCUGGCUGAACCACCAAACAGGAGGCGUCAUCAUCGAAUUGGGGUACAAGACACUGAACACGCCGCUCUUGAAGCAGGCCAGAGAUGGUGCAUCGCGAGGCUGGGUGGCCAUGGACGGUCUAGACCUCCUGCCGGAGCAGGGCUGCGCUCAGUUCGAGCUGUUUACAGGACGAAGGGCUCCACGACGCGUUAUGCGAAGAGAAGUUUUGGAGAAUUACAGGGAUGAGCAUGGCAAAUCUCAUCUUGAAGAGCUGCAACACAGGUUGCGAUCUAUCGUUGAGCAGGAUUCAUAG